AUGGGUUCCAGGUUUGAGGUGGAGAAGUUCAUGGAACUUAAAACCUUGGGUUAUGGCAGACAAAGUGCUUCGUCGUACCGGUUCUUCCUGUACUCGUUGUCUCUAGUGCGAGUCACCUGCGUAGGCUGUCCUUCCGACGACGAGAAGUUCGCCGGCGACCUCAUGCAGUUGCUGGCUAACAGUAUGGCAAUGAUGAAGAGAUGCCUUUGCAGAUCCGGGGAAGACUUCAAAGGACUGUUAAGGACAACCAACAUCCAUCUUUACUCCUAUAAAGAGAUCAGAAGAGCAACGAACAACUUCGACCAUGGCAACAAGCUAGGCAGAGGUGGUUUCGGAACUGUAUACAAGGGAACCUUUGGAGACGGCACUGCAUUUCCUGCCAAGGUUCUAUCUUGUGAAUCUGAACAAGGGAUCAAGGAAUUCCUGACAGAGAUCGAAAGCAUCGGCGAGGCCAAGCAUGCGAACCUCUUCAGCUUGCUGGGCUGCUGUGUCCAGAAGCAAAAUAGGAUCCUGGUCUAUGAGUUCGCGGAGAACAACAGCCUCGAUCAUGCACUCAAAGGUGGAAAAGUGCAUAUUUCAGCUCUAGGUUCAGCGAGCGGAGCAGCGAUUCUCCCAUGGAGCGUGAGAUCGGACAUCUGUAUGGGCACGGCCAGUGGGCUGAGCUACCUCCACAAGAAGCACGAGCCCAACAUCGUGCACAGAUACAUCAAGGCAAGCAACGUCCUCCUCGGCAGAAACUACAGCCCCAAAAUCAGGGACUUUGGCUUGGCGAAGCUGUUCCCGGAUAACGUCACCCAUGUCAGCACGCGUGUGGUCGGGACGACCGGAUACCUGGCGCCUGAAUACGUGGUGCACGGGCAGCUGACCAAGAAGGCCGACGUCUACAGCUUCGGCGUCCUCCUCCUCGAGGCAUGGCUGCUCUACGAGCAGGGAACGCCGUUGGACAUCGUGGACGCCAGUGUCAAGGACUACCCAGAGGCAGAGGUGCUCAGAUACGUCAAGGUAGGCCUGGCGUACAAACAGGCGGCGCCCAACGGGAGGCCGACGAUGCGGCAGGUGGUGAAGAUGCUGUCGCGGCCCGCCGCGUCCCGCGAGCUGGAGAUACGCUUGGCCGACCAUCACUACUCAUCUGCCCUCACAUGUCCUGGCUUGAGCUUGUCACCUCUUUCCUCCAUGGCAACAAGUACCCGCCGUAGCUCCGUUCGCCACCGCCCCGGCCGCACGCCGCCGCCGCUCCACCGCUCUUCGAUGGUGCCGAAGAAGACGCCGAAGGGCAAGUCGGGCUUCUUCGGCGUGAGGCAGAAGCCCUUGGGUAACUGGGGUGUGGAGUUCUACGACGCUAGAAGGCGUUGGUGGAUCGGCACGUACCCCUCCACCCACGAGGCCGCGCGUGCCUACGACGUGGCGGUGUGGCUUGCCGAGAGGCCUCGGUCGCACCUCAACUUCCCAGAGAUCGAGAGUCGGGCGAAAGCGGAGAUGCUUGUGCCGCAGGGCUUCAACAUGAAGAAGAUCACGACGAAGAAGGAGACGAAGAAGCCGUCGGUUGUCGUCAGUGCUGGCGAGACCGACGAGGAGGCGAUGGCGAGGUUUGCUCAGGAGCAUCCGGAGUACGUCCAGGCCGAGCUGGAGUACUACUGA